GGUCAGAAAAGCCUGUGGAUUCUGGGAGCGUUUACGCACCAGCCAUUUUCAGCUUCCUGCUGUCAUCCUCGCCUCCACGCAGCGAGCGCAGGAAUAAAGAAAACAACUGAGACUUGCCUUCUUUUACGUGGAUCCAUUAGCGGCUAAAGGAUCAGAAUGGAUGAAUUAAAAACGCCCCGUUCUGUGAGCUUCGUUACUGCCUAGUGAGCGCAACUGAGUUUUAGGUUCGUCAACAGGCCGAUUGAAAACUACUUGGCUGACUAAUUCCUAACGGGCUCGCUCGCAUUAGCUAGCCACGCUAGCGUAACUGGUUACAAUGUAUCUCCACGAAUUCUAGUGAUAUACGAGCCGGCGUUACAUUAUUUAACAUCACUGCAACUUGCACUCUCUUUGAAAACAGGUCUUAUCGACUCUUCAACGACUUUCAGAGGAUCUAAACGUAUCCCUGGCGUUAAUAACGUGCAGAUAAAGCCCAUCUGACCGAGGAGCCCUAAGUCCCCACCCCCCCGGGCGAUGUCCACCAUGGUCUACCCACGCGAGGAGUCCCUGGAGCGCCUGAGCCAGGAUGAGAUCGUGCUCAACACCAAGGCGGUGAUGCAGGGCCUGGAGACGCUGCGCGGCGAGCACAACCAGCUGCUGGGCUCCAUGCUGGACUGCGCCCAGCUGCCCGCCGCCACCCAGGAGAAGUCCGGCCUGCUGCGCAAGAGCCUGGAGGCCAUCGAGCUGGGCCUUGGAGAGGCACAGGUGAUCAUUGCGCUGUCCAGCCACCUGAGCGCGGUGGAGUCGGAGAAGCAGAAGCUGCGGGCGCAGGUGCGGCGCCUGUGCCAGGAGAACCAGUGGCUGCGUGACGAGCUGGCGGGCACGCAGCAGAAGCUGCAGCGCAGCGAGCAGAGCGUGGCCCAGCUGGAGGAGGAGAAGAAGCACCUGGAGUUCAUGAACCAGAUCAAGAAGCUGGACGAGGACGCGUCGCCCUGCUGCGAGGAGAAGGCCAGCGAGAACAACAAGGACAACCUGGACGACCUCUUCCCCAACGACGACGAGCAGGGGCCCAAUCAACCGAGCGGUGAGGUGGCAGCUCAGCAGGGUGGCUACGAGAUCCCGGCGCGUCUGCGGACGCUGCACAACCUGGUCAUCCAGUACGCCUCGCAGGGCCGCUACGAGGUGGCCGUGCCCCUGUGCAAGCAGGCCCUGGAGGACCUGGAGAAGACGUCCGGCCACGACCACCCCGACGUGGCCACCAUGCUCAACAUCCUCGCCCUGGUCUACAGAGACCAGAACAAGUACAAAGAGGCGGCGCACCUGCUCAACGAUGCGCUGGCCAUCCGAGAGAAGACCCUGGGCAGAGACCACCCCGCCGUGGCCGCCACGCUCAAUAACCUGGCCGUGCUCUACGGCAAGAGGGGCAAGUACAAGGAGGCCGAGCCGCUCUGUAAGAGGGCCCUGGAGAUCCGCGAGAAGGUGUUGGGGAAGUUCCACCCUGACGUGGCCAAACAGCUGAACAACCUGGCGCUCCUGUGUCAGAACCAGGGCAAGUAUGAGGAGGUGGAGUACUACUACCGCCGUGCCCUGGAAAUCUAUGAGAGCAAGCUGGGCGCCGACGACCCGAACGUGGCCAAGACCAAGAACAACCUGGCCACCUGCUAUCUGAAACAGAGCAAGUUUAAGGACGCCGAAUGUCUGUAUAAGGAGAUUCUGACCCGUGCCCACGAGAAGGAGUUUGGAUCUGUCAACAAUGACAACAAGCCCAUCUGGAUGCAUGCGGAGGAGAGGGAGGAGACCAAGGGUAAGCGGAAGGAUUCCGGUCCCUAUGGAGAGUAUGGCAGCUGGUAUAAAGCCUGCAAGGUUGACAGAAGUCCCACGGUUAAUACCACCCUAAAGAGCUUGGGGGCGCUGUACCGGCGUCAGGGCAAACUGGAGGCUGCUGAGACUCUGGAGGAGUGUGCUACCAAGAACCGCAAGCAGGGCAUCGAUGCCAUAAACCAGAGUAAGGUGGUGGAGCUGUUGAAGGACGGGGGUCUGAGCGGGGCGGAGCGGCGCCAGAGCCGCGACGGGCUCAACGGCCCCGGGGGCCAGCGGGGAGACUGUGAGGGCGACGAGGCCGAGUGGAACGGGGAUGGCAGUGGUUCCCUGCGUCGUAGUGGCUCCUUUGGGAAGAUCCGCGACGCCUUGAGACGCAGCAGUGAGAUGCUGGUCAAGAAGCUACAGGGCAGUGGCCCUCAGGAGCCUCGCAACCCUGUUAUGAAGAGAGCCAGCUCCCUCAACUUCCUCAACAAGAGUGCUGAGGACCAAUCACAGGACGCCAAUGCCGGCCUAUCAGAAUCCAGAGGCCUAAGCGCCAGCAACGUGGACCUGACUCGGCGUAGCUCUCUGGUUGGCUAAACCUGUAGCUUUGGGGGCGUGACGAGGGGCGGGCCCAACGUAAGAGCCCAAUCAGGACAGGCUGUCAGCUUCCAAUUUCAGUCAUGAUUCGUUUAUGCCCACAAAAUGAUGUUCUCACUCAAGAUUCCUUUUUCUUUUUUUAGAAAAAUUAAGAUGAACAAAACCACAACAAAAAAAGAGUCGCUGGGAAAAUAAACACCCUUCUGUUUUGACACAGCUCUUGGGACGCAAUAGAGCUGUCUGCUUGUGCUGUAAAUGAUGCUCAUAUCAUGCAAAAUAACUUAUCAAACAUACUGUAUAUUUAGAUAGAUUACAACAAACAGAGACACUUUAGCAUGCUGCUUACUAGACCUGAAUUGGGGAGCGGAGGAUGUCUGUACUUAGUGACAUCUAGUGGCUUUUUAGAGGUACUACAGGUUGGCAAAAUCGUGAGCGCAUGGUACAAAUAUAGCCACACAGUAAACACACACACACUCACUCAAGCUGAGUUACUUAGUUUUCUUAGAACUGCUGAGUUACUUGGUUACAGUCAGGUUUCCAUGACGAUGACAUGACGGGGGAGUUGCUUCUCACCAGUGGCAUGAUCCAUGCUGCAUGCCUAAAUCUCCCAUUCCAUGGAACUCACUGCACUAGCAUGCUAUUGCUAAUAAACACCUCCAUCUCACAAAAACAAAGAUGGGAGAGUAUAGAGACACCUUCUGGAGUUAUUGGGAGAGGUGAAAGGUCAAAUGUAAAGGCCCACUUUAUUGCAUUAUUGUGAUCAUCAUCAUUAUUAUUAUUAUUAUUAUUGUUAUUAUUAAGAAAGGAUUUUAAAAAGCGACAGCAGUACUGAAUUUGGUCUGCACCUCACGUUUUGCCUUCUGGUUUGUAUGUAUAUACGGUUUUAAAUUAUUGACUUGGGGGUUUGUUUGUUUGUGUUUUUGUUCUGUUUGUUUGUAAAUAGCGCACUGGGAUUUUGUUUACAAUUCUAGAGCUUAGGGGAUGUCACUGGAAUUUGGAAAAAUAAAUAAAUAAAUAAAUAAAUAAACAAACAGACAGAUUG